CGGAGUCCGAGGUUCGAGUUCGAGCUCGAGCAGCCGACCAAAGACGAGUGAGUUCCUCAUUGAAACACAGUUGGUGUGUGCUCCUACGAGUCCUACUACUCAUAACUCUAGUACUUCAGAGUUCGCGCUCUUGGCCGAACCUCGCCGUCCAUCCAUUGGAUUUUUUUCGCAGGAGAAAUAAAGCCACGAUCAUCGGGGUUUCCUCUCCCUUGUCAGUUGACAAUGAUGCUUCGUGAACACAUAUGAAGGUGACUGAAGGAAUUUUGUGUUUGAUGAGACUUGCUUUUAAUUGAGGAAACCAGACCCACCCGCCGGAAGAGGCAGUGUAAUCAUCGCUUCAGGAGGUGACAAAGACCUCAAUCUCUCUUCCACAUCAUAAAAAAAUUGAUUUCUGGUACAUUUUGGGGGAUCAUAAUCAUUUGAUCAAGAUGUCCUAAACAAGAAAGAAGUCCCACAAGGAGAUAGGCCGAGCCGAAUCAGUCAUCCAGUAUCUGCUUGUCUCAAAGACCUCGACGGAGAGAAUGGCUUGUCGAAAAUAUUAUCAUCCUGGCAAGUUUUGUUGAAUAAUCAAGGGUUGGACUUGAAAUGGGUUCCUCGAUCUUGGUCAUAGUGAAGUGGUAAAACCGAAUUGAUUAAGAUGAAGAAGAAACAGCAACCUGCUUUGCCAAUUUGCGUGCCUUGAUUUCAUUUGGCAAGUGAUGCCUUUUCAACAUUAAGCCAACCUUUGGUCGUGACUGAAGAAGGAAAAAAGAAACUCCGAAAGUGGAACCAUUCACAGUCCAGCAUUGUGAAUGAAGAUGAUAUUGCCGAUCAUAACAGUCAUCAUGACAGGCACACAAAAGGAGUUCUUCACGGCACCAUUCUGGCUCCUUCUUGCAAUGAGCAUUACAGUGGCCCAAUCCACUCGGAUCCACUACAUCCAUUGGAACAGCUCAAAUCCGAUCUUCCGCAUAGAUAACACGGAUCACAUCAUCGAUGUGAAUACCGGAAAUCUACCAUGGGAGUACGAUCAAGCCAAUAUUAUCUGUCCCGUCUAUUAUGGUCUCGAUUCGCAAAGCGGGAGUCAAAUGGACGAGCGAUACAUCAUCUACAAUGUCAGCAAAGAAGAGUAUCAGACUUGCCGUAUCACCAACCCACGCCCUCAUGUCAUUGCCAUGUGUGACAAGCCCAGUCAAGUCAAGUAUUUCACCAUCACCUUCAGAUCGUUUACGCCCAGUCCAGGUGGUAUGGAGUUCAAGCCGGGCCAGGACUACUAUUUCAUUUCGACUUCGGCCACCAACGACCUGGAUCGGAAGGUCGGAGGUCGCUGCACCACUCACAAUAUGAAGGUGGUAUUCAAGGUGGCUCAGAAUGGGUCCACGUCAGUCGAAAGUCCAUAUUUCCCGGGAAAACCGGUGUUGAACUCUCCCCGAUUGGAUGGAGAGGAAACUGGAUUCAAAGGCUCGUUAACGAGAAGUGGAGGAGAGUCGUCGCCGUCCUCAUCGUCUUUCCUUUAUCCCCGGGAGGAAGUGGCUCGACAGCAGGAAGUCCAUGAAGACAAUCUCAUUUACAAAAGACUCAAAGACACGCCGGAGGAGGCGAUGGUGAGCUAUAGUGAGAAUGAAGUGAUCAAACAAGAGGCCUCUCGAAUGCAACGAGCCGGUGACGGAGACGGCGAGCCCGGAGAUAUCAGUCAGAAUUCAUCAGAUCUCCGAUCUCCAUUAUGGCUAUCCAAGUGGUCAUGGGUCUGGGUCAGUUUGACAUGGGCGUGGGUGUUGCGAUAAUGUAUCCAAUCCAUAAGUUUGAUACGUGGACAUUGUGGCCAUUCAUGCAGACAGACCCACCCUCGUCUCCCCGUAUGGUGGCGAUCUGGUCCGAAACAAAAUUCCUUCAGAGUGAAAAAUCAAGUCGUUCAAGCCCAGAGACACGUUCCUAUUUGUAAGUGCUCACCGUUAUAGCGCCUUAGUGCCCACUAACGAGUGCUCGUGGUAGGCCCUGUGCAGGUCAACAAUCCCCUCCUAUCAAAGUGCCAUACAAUCCAACGCGAAGCCAUCGCUCGUGGGUUUUCAAACGCGAAACAUAUCUCAAAAGUUAUCUCGCUUGGUGAUGCAUUGAUCACAUACUCCAUCCGAAACUAUCUAGCCAGCCUCUUGUGCCUACUACGUAUUUUUUUUACUUCUAUGGUACUUCUACUACAACUACUACUACUACUACUACUACUACUACUAUUUCUGCUUUACCACCUCACUAUGAAAUACAAAUAUCCAGUCUCGUGAACAA